UAAUUCACUUUUUAAACUAUUACUACCAAUUUUACACCAAUCCUAAAAUGUUUAAGUCUUGACUUUUUAUUAUUUAGUACUUGAAUAUUUUUUUUUAUCUUGAGUCCCAAUGCUUAAAUAUUCUUGUAUUUCGUAGAAAUUGUUAAACAUUUAUUCCUAAAUAAGAAUUUUAUGAGCACAACAUUAGUGUAUAUAGCAGUAUUUAGUAAAAGUAUUGUAAUGAAAGGAUAAUAGGAUUUCAGAAUUAUACAUCAUUAUAUGUUACAAAAAGUAUAACUCUAUAUUUCAAAGACUGAAAUCUAUGCUCUUUCUCAGGUGAUAAAUAACUUAAUACAUAAACAUGUAUUUAAAACACAAACACACAUCACACCCCAUAAGAGAAAGGAGUAUAGAAAUAACAUAAGUAUUUUUAUGUGUACAAACCAAAAUAAAAAUAAAACAUAAAAUACUAAAACUAUGCCAAGUAAAGGCCAACAACAUUUAGCAAAAACUUAUGCUACCAUGCUCUCAUUUUUUUUUUUUUUUUUGUGUGUAAUACUUGUUCACAGAAAGCUAGUUAGUAUUUAAAAAUGGAAACCGUGUCUAAUACUGUUAGAGUAAUUUAUUAUGAAAUCUAAUAAAUUAAUAAAGUUUACUAUUUUUGAGAGAGUCUGUGAUGAUGGGUAUUAAAAAGUAUCCUUUUUUGUUGUAUUACAAGCAUAUGAGUGUGUAAUUAUAUUAUUAUAGAAUUUAUGAUUAACUUGUACAGUGAAGUUUGAUGAGUAGAAACACUGUAGAAUUCAUUUAGAAAAGUGAUGCUGCAAGGAGCAAUCGAAUUAGAGUACAAAGGACGGUGGAUUUGUAUACACAGCAUAAAAUAGCAUCACUACAGAAAACAUGGUUCUUGAAUAUUUUAUUAAUAGAUAAGAAGUGUUGUCUUAUACACUUCCCAUUCUCAAUGAACUGUAGAUCUCAUCCAUACUGUCUUGUUAGCUGCCUAGUUGUAAAGAAACACCUGCAAACAUUAAUCAAUAAAAAAAGUAUCUCAUAAUAAAAUUUCAAUUGUGUUUAUCUAAACAUAAUAUUUAAUAAAUUCUAAGUCUUCAGGUGAUAGUGAGUAUUCCAUGAAGAAAGAUCCACAUUUCUCCACAAAAGCAAUUCAGGUUGGCUCUGAAGCUGAGCAGUGGACCCCUAUGUCUGUUGUGCCACCCAUCAUCCUUGCUUCAACCUACAAACAAGAGGGUCCUGGCCAGUACAAGGAAUUUGCAUAUUCCCGGUUUGAUAACCCAAAUCGGUCAUGUCUAGAACGGUGCUUAGCUGCCCUGGAGGGUGCCAAGUACGGAGUCUGCUUUGCGUCAGGUAUGGGAACUGUCACAGCUGUAACCAGCCUAUUGAAGGCUGGUGAUCACAUACUUUGUGUUGAUGACAUCUACGGUGGUACCAACAGCUUUUUCCGGAGUAUCGCACCAAGAUGUAAUCUAGCAACGACAUACGCAUGUCCCAUAGACAUUGAUAGCUUUUGCAGUAACAUUCAACCAAAUACAAAGAUGAUCUGGGUGGAGAGCCCUACAAACCCUUUGAUGAAGAUCACUGACAUCCCUCAAUUAGCAAGCAUUGUCAAAACUCGUAACAAAGACAUCAUGAUCAUAGUUGAUAAUACUUUUCUCACGUGUUACUGCCAGAAACCGUUGGAACUUGGGGCUGAUAUCUCACUCUACUCUGUUUCCAAAUACCUCAAUGGACAUUCAGAUGUGGUUAUGGGAGCUAUAAUACUUAAUGAUGAAUCAAUGAAUAAACAACUCAAAUUCAUCCAGUUAACUGCUGGCAUUGUCCCAUCACCAUUUGACUGUUACCUAGUUAUGCGAAGUCUGAAGACUCUCAAACUUAGGAUGGAUCAACACAUGAAAAGCUCCUUGGCUGUUGGAGCUUUCCUAGAGUCUCACCCCUUGGUUAAGCAAGUUUUGCAUCCAGGUAUGCCCUCACACCCCCAGCACGAAGUAGCCAAACGCAAUUGGUCUGGCUGUAGUGGUGUGUUCUCCAUUUAUUUACAUGGAGGAUUAGAAGAAGCUACAGCAUUCCUCAAGGCUCUCAAAAUGUUCCAGAUCGCUCUCAGCUUGGGCGGCUAUGAAAGUCUCGUCAAUCAUCCGGAACUGAUGACUCAUGCUGUUGUUCCAAAAGAAGUUCGUAAGAAGAUUGGAAUCACCAGCAAUUUGAUUAGAGUAUCAGUGGGUCUUGAGUCUGUGGAAGACUUGAUUGGCGAUCUCGAUCAAGCACUGAAGGCUAGUAAAAAGAAGGGCUGAAUAAAUUAUCUAACACCAUAAAAUUGUGUAAUGUCUAAAUAAUGUUGUUUAUUAAAUGAUCACUUAUUUUUA